AUGCAAAUCUCGCUCACUUCACAGUAGUUGUUUCACGUUCUCUUCUCAAUUCCCAUAACAGAAAAAAAAACCUUCACAGUUAGGUUUCCGUCCAUCUUCAAUAUCUGUAUGGUAUUCUUCUUAUUCGAAUUUUAGUUUUGUUUUGCCUUUUUAAUUCCGUUACCUUAUUUUUCUUUGUUUUAAACCAAGAAAUUAUCUCCUUCUGAAGUCAGGGUGGGGAUUUUUGGAUCGUGUAAGAGUGUUUUAGAAGGUGAUUAUCUUUUGAUUCAGUUCUUUUUUUGCUUCUUUUGAGGGGGUAGCCGGGGCCUCGUGCCUCGGCGGGUUUUAAUAGCCCCCAUCUAUUACAACAUUGGGCUACAAAAAUCACCAAUCUGUACAAAAUUAAACCCUUAAUUUAGCUUCUGUCUUUCUUUAUUUCUCUGUAUUCUUUGAUUCUUUCUUAAGAAAAAAUCGGAAGAGAUGCCUGCCUUAGGUUGUUGUGUAGACGCUGCUCUUGUUUCUCCUCCUCUCGGCUAUGCCUUCUCUUGGGAUAGCUCUCUUCCUUCGCCGGCGCCGGAGUUCUUUUCCUCCGGCGUACCUAACGCCGCCGGUUCCCAUUGGUCCCCGGAAAUGUCGUCUGAUCUGUAUCGGGUUGACGGAUGGGGUGCUCCGUAUUUCUCUGUUAACUCUAACGGAGAUAUUUCCGUUAAGCCACACGGUACUGAGACUCUUCCCCAUCAGGAGAUUGAUCUUUUGAAAGUCGUGAAAAAGGCUUCUGACCCGAAACAUUUGGGUGGGCUCGGGCUUCAGCUUCCUCUUGUUGUUCGUUUCCCUGAUGUUUUGAAGAACCGAUUGGAAUCAUUGCAAUCUGCUUUUGAUAUGGCGGUUGGUUCAAAUGGUUAUGAGGGUCAUUACCAAGGUGUUUAUCCUGUGAAAUGCAAUCAAGACAGGUUCGUUGUUGAAGAUAUUGUGAAAUUCGGGUCGGGUCACCGGUUCGGUUUGGAAGCCGGGUCUAAACCGGAGCUCCUGUUGGCUAUGAGCUGUCUAUCUAAAGGCAGUGCUGAUGCCCUUCUUGUUUGCAAUGGUUUUAAGGACAGUGAGUAUAUUUCGCUUGCUUUGGUUGCAAGAAAGCUCCUUUUGAACACUGUAAUUGUUCUUGAACAAGAAGAGGAGCUUGACCUGGUGAUUGAUAUCAGCCGUAAAAUGGCUGUAAGGCCCGUAAUUGGACUUCGUGCUAAACUCAGGACCAAGCAUUCGGGUCAUUUUGGAUCCACUUCUGGUGAAAAGGGUAAGUUUGGGUUGACAACAACUCAAAUUCUUCGUGUAGUGAAGAAGUUGGAGGAGUCUGGAAUGCUGGAUUGUCUUCAGUUAUUGCAUUUUCACAUUGGAUCCCAGAUCCCAUCGACGGAGUUACUAGCUGAUGGUGUUGGUGAAGCCACUCAGAUUUAUUCUGAAUUAGUCCGUCUUGGUGCUGGAAUGAAAUACAUUGAUUGCGGAGGCGGGCUUGGAAUUGACUAUGAUGGUACUAAAUCAUGCGAUUCUGAUGUCUCUGUUGGGUAUGGAAUUCAAGAAUAUGCUUCCACUGUUGUCCAAGCUGUCCAAUUUGUCUGUGACCGUAAAGGCGUAAAGCAUCCAGUUAUUUGCAGUGAAAGUGGAAGGGCAAUUGUUUCUCACCACUCAAUUCUGAUAUUUGAAGCUGUGUCUGCUUCAAGUACGCAUGUUUCUCCACAGCUUUCUUCUGGUGGUCUCCAAACCCUAGCAGAGACUCUCAAUGAAGAUGCCCGUGCUGACUACCGGAAGUUAUCUGCUGCUGCGGUUCGUGGAGAGUACGACACGUGUCUCCUUUACUCUGAUCAGUUGAAACAGAGAUGUGUGGAACAGUUCAAAGAAGGGUCCUUGGAUAUUGAACAGCUCGCAGCAGUGGAUAGCAUUUGCGACUUGGUCGCAAAGGCUAUCGGGGUUGCUGAUCCUGUCCGCAUUUACCAUGUGAAUCUGUCGAUUUUCACCUCAAUUCCUGAUUUUUGGGCUAUUGAUCAAUUGUUUCCCAUUGUACCAAUUCACCGUUUAGAUGAAAAGCCUGUAAUGAGAGGGAUCCUGUCCGACCUGACUUGUGACAGCGAUGGGAAGAUAGAUAAGUUCAUUGGUGGCGAAUCAAGCUUGCCGUUGCACGAUUUGGGAAGUGGUGAUGGUGGACGGUAUUAUCUGGGGAUGUUUUUGGGUGGGGCUUAUGAGGAGGCGCUCGGAGGGCUCCACAACUUGUUUGGUGGGCCCAGCAUGGUGCGGGUGGUGCAGAGCGAUAGCCCUCACAGCUUUGCUGUGACUCGCUCUGUACCUGGCCCGUCCUGCGCGGAUGUGCUCCGGGCGAUGCAGCACGAGCCUGAACUCAUGUUCGAGACUCUCAAGCACCGUGCAGAGGAAUUUUUUGAACAAGAAGAAGAUAAAGGUCUGAACUUUGCAUCUUUGACCGAUAGCUUAGCUCAGUCCUUCCACAAUAUGCCUUACCUUGUUGCGCCUUCGUCUUGCUGCUUCACUGCAGCCACCGUCGCGAAUAAUGGUGGCUAUUACUACUCCGACGAUGACAAUGCUGCAGAUUGUGCAACAGGGGAGGAUGAGAUUUGGUCCUAUUAAUUGCACUGCUUGGAGAGUAGACUCGUAGCAUCUCCAGUUUAUUUUUAGUUUGUCGUUUGAGGUCGUCUGUUUUUCUCAAUAAUCCCCUUAGUUGGUGAUGUUUUAUUUUAUGUUACUUUCUUAAGAUGCAGUUAGAAAGCAGGGAUUAUCCCUGUGGUCUUGUUGCAACUUUCUGUUAUGGUUGUUUAACGAGGAAGAGUGGGGACUUGGCCGAAUCAAUUUGAUGUAUGAUGUAUGAUUCGGCUUCUUCCUAUGUAAUAUCCUCCUUAUGUAAUGCAUUUUGUUUUGGUAUA